CAGGUCAGCCUCGGGCGACAGCCCCCAUCCCGCCAGGCUCUGGGGAGUGAGUCCUUCCUGCCCGGCAGCUCCUUUGCUCAUGAGCUGGCCCGAGUCACCUCCUCGUACAGCACCUCAGAGGCAGCGCCCUGGGGCGGCUGGGAUCCGAAGGCCUGGAGGCAGGUGCCUGCUCCUCUACUGCCUAGCUGCGACGCUGCAGCAAGAGAAGCAGAGAUCAGGUCUUACGGCAAUGACCCCUAAACAGUGGAGUGAGCAUAUCGCCCAGCAAAUGAGUCCAUUGCAAGCCGUCCAAGAACAAGUCACCUCCAAGUGUAGCCAGACCAAGGCAACCUCCCCAGCCAGCCAGAAUCUGAUGCCACCCAAAACUGGGGUCCUUCUGAACAAUCUGAGUCCAGGAAUAAUGCCAUUCACCAGGCACCAGAGUCCAAAUGGCAUGGGUAUGAUCUCAUCAACUCUGAAGAAGCAGCAAGGAAUAUUCAACUGCAGUCAUCAAUAUCAUAUAAUGUCCAGCUCAGGCCACUCCCCCUUAGACAGUCUUGGCUCUGUCUGCCAGCAUCUACAGAGUCCCAAGGCCAAUUCCCCAGGAGUGCCCCUGAGCAAGUUCCAUCCCAGGCCUCCCACCAGCCAAGCUCUAAGUCUCCACCAGCGCAGACUACCCAAUGUGGCAAGAACACCCACUGUGUUCAACAGUGCUACAUGGGUGGUGGCAGCGGUAUCUGAGACCACAGUGGUUUCAAAUGUAGAUAACAGCACUCACCAACCUGUGGGUAGCAAUUCCAUUUUUGCCAAGGCACCCGUGAGCGUGCCCCCACAUGCGCCGACAUUUCCACUGCAGCAAACGGUGAUACAGCCCAAUCAGGUGGCCCCAAGUGGCAGGCCUGGCCAGAAGGUGAGUAGUGCCCUGGCCAAUGCCAGUUUCGGCCUAUUGGGCAACCACAAUCUCCAACAGAGUCCAGUGCAGGGCCCUGUGCCUGUGCUGAGCACCCCCACGGCCCCCCAGCCAGGCACAGCCCACUCUGCUCCCAUGAGUCCAAUUCAGGCCAUUGAGCCACCAAGCUAUAUGGCCACUAUCAUGGCCACCACUGCUGCUGCUUCUGCCAUUGCCGCUAGCCACUCCUUGGGUCCAUACAAUAGAAUGGAUCCAGCCCCUGAGCUGCUACCUGAUAACUUCCCGCUCCAGGACCAGCCCCCAGUGAAUGGUUCGACUUUGCCCCCUGACUGCAAUGAGGUAGAUCUCAUGGAAACUCUCAUGAAAGACCCCAGUGUGGGUACAAAUGAAGAUUGGAUGUGUGACUUAAAGCUUAUUGAUGAUAUUUUGGAACAGCAUUAUGCUGCCCAGAAUGCCAGAGGCCAGAAUGCUGGCCAACUCACCCAGGGUUCUGGGGAGCCUUAAAUCAGAGUAGGAUACUCCCAGAACCCCCGCCCCCCUACCCCACGCUGCUAUGGUCUGAACCCACAGCAAAUUCAUAACUGGUUCCAGGCAGUCACACUUCACCCCUCCGCACAAUUUGAGUAGUGUUGGCCUUGCCCAUCCAUCUCUCCUCUCUCUACGAAAUAGCAAGCUGGUGAUUUUUCAAGCUACUUGUACAUAUUUGAAAAUUUUGUAAAUGGUUUUCCUAAACAUUAAUGACAGAAGUAUUUAUACUUGGUUUUGUGACUUUGUAAAUAAAGUGACGGCUUUGGUUUCAAUUGGGUUGUGUUCAUUCUGCAUUGUUUUGUGUUUAUUACGCAUUGUUACAAAUACGCAGACUGUGUUGUUGGCUCUAGUGAUGCUUUGUUAAGCCAGGUGGAUGAGUCACUAUGGUUAUGAUGUGAUGAGUGACGUAUGUUUGUGUGUAUGUGCGCACGCGCGCGUGACCAAGGGGUAUUUGCAAACUGACAAAUGCCAAAUAGAAAACCACUUGGUCAUUCAUUUCCAUUUUCCUUAAAAAUUCAAUCACCGCGUGUGACUCUUAAUCUCUUUUGCAAACCUUUCGAUCUCUGCUAGCUCUUUCCUGAUGAGCAUUUUAUAGCAUUACAGCUUUGCAUUGUUAAGUGUCCCAGAGACACUGGUAGCUGGGUGAGAGUGUCCUUUCUAAUUAGGUAAGGUGCAGAAGUGACAGAGGUGGCUGGGAGUUGAGCCCUAGCAGAGCUGUCCACCUGAAGGGCUGCACUCAUUCAUAAGGAGAGAAAGCUCCAGCCCCACACAGCUUCGGUGCACCCCCUGGCCGGCAAAGGGGAUCCUGUCCUGCUCUAUAGUCUGCUUUAAAGUCCUUUGCAUUCAAUUUGAUGUGAAGCUCUGUGGUUUGGGGCAAACAUUUGUAAACACUAAUCAUUGAUUUGGGCUUUGUCUUUGAUGGUUUCUAUCUGCGAUUAUUGUCAUGUAUAUUUAAGUGUCUGUUAUAGAACACCCACAUCCACUGUCCUGUAAACUUUUCUCAUUGUCCAGAUCUUUGUGUAAUCGUAUUUUAAUUGCCACCUUGUAUUUUGAUUCUAUAUUUGCAAUCUGGCGUGUUUCCAGCCAGCACUGUUUUUUUUCCCUUUGUUCUGUAAUAAA